CCGACCUUAAAAUUCGAGGCACACUCUCAGCAACCUAAGAUAAGUAGGCAGAAACGAUAGAGAGUGACUUAUCUCGUUGAAACCGCAACAGGUUCAGAUAAUCUCUUAGCAUUCUCCAACCUACCAUUAACAUUGCCUAACAGCGAGAGAUGCAAUUGGCUCUCCGGAGCCGCCAGGCCACAAUUAUUACGCAGGGGCUACUAAGUGGAGGACGAAAUUGGGCACAUACAUACAACAAUAUAUCUUCUUCGCCGUAUCGGAAACCGAGUUUCGCUAUAGGUAGAGAGUCACGCCAAACGUAUGGCGUUUCCGGGUGUCAAUCAUUGAUUAGGGGUGUGCAGACAGGAGUGUUGAGCAAAGGAAAGGGGCCAUAUGGGGUUACAAGGCGAUUUACUAAAUCAUCACUUGAUAGUGGUGAUGGGCGCAAAACGACCCGGUACGAGAAACAGACGGAACCGAGGGAGCAGGGCUCGCAUGAGAGAAAUGGAUCAGAGGAGAUUGAGGAAGAGGAUGAGGGAACAGAGAGACUAGGACGAGAAACCAGGUCUAGGGAUAGUUUUGGCAAUUCGGCGGAGAAAGGAAAGCUAUUAACUACCCCGUCCAGACUGCUGAAGUUGCUUAUCCCACUGCCUACUGAUCAUCCAAAGAAUGUGGAAACCAUCGCUAUACUUAUACACUCUCAACAGCCCCUCUCAUAUCUAGAACGUUUGAUUCAGGCUGAGCUACCAAUGAUCAAGGACGAAAAUGGAACCCAGAGACAACCGAGCAUCUCGUUCAUCGCAUAUCAGUUCGAAAACCACCCUAUUCGCCCGCGAAAAGCAAGUAGUAAAAAGACCAAGCACUCUGUCGAUUCAUCACAAGAAAUGGAGGUCGAAGAGGUCGCUGUUGCAGACGAUAAGGAAGAGUCACAACCGCCCGAUGAAGAGCUCGACACGUAUAGCUCGCUACAGAAACCACAGCCCAACGGGGAGGGUGAGCAACGAUACGUUCGAUGGUCUCAUGCAACAGAGAUUGGUGACUUCAUCCGAGAUGCCGCGCGCGCAGGGGAGUUUGUUGUGGCCAUUGAAGGGGCACCACUGGGACUGGACCAGGUCAGAAUAACGGUCCCUUCAUUCGAGGAACGGACGCAUUAUCUUCGUAUGCGGCUGCGAAAAAUAUCUGACCGGAUCCGCACAAUCGCGGACAUAAAGCAUGAGUGUGACCAACUGGCACACCGAGGAGCUCAGCGAGUUGCUCUCGGCGGCUUCGGAGUACUGGUAUCAUGGUGGAUUCUUGUCUAUAAACUGACAUUCGAGACUGACCUGGGCUGGGACACGAUGGAACCGAUCACAUACCUGGCAUCUCUAUCGACGCUUAUGGGAGGUUAUCUUUGGUUCCUCUACCACAACCGCGAAAUUUCGUAUCGUUCAGCGCUGGAUUUUACGAUCAAUGCGCGUCAGAAAAAGCUGUAUCAGCUAAAAGGGGUGGAUCUACAACUCUGGGAGAAUCUGAUUUAUGAGGGGAAUGCGCUGCGGCGGGAAAUCAAGACCAUUUCCGCAGACUAUGACACAGAAUGGGAUGAGAAGCUGGACGAGCGGGAUGAGCGUGUCGUCGAGGCUCUGAAGAAAGAGAGAGACCACCAGAGGCGCAAGGGUGAAGAUCCAGACAAGGAGGGACGGGACCUUGAUAAAUGAUACUGCUGUCUAUCUUUACUCUUUGUUUCCCUUUGUGUUUUGGAUGCCUAGAUGGUAUAUAGCACCUGUACAUAUGUCUACUUUGCGUUGAAGCCAUAAUACAUGGCUGGUUAGCGAAUAUUGAUACUCACACUGCUUCCUUAUAAGGAAGACAGCUAU